AUGCAGCAGGAGGAGGAGGAGGAGGAGGAGGAUGGAGGAGGAGGAUGGAGGAGGAGGAGAAAGAAGGAAGGAGCGGAGAUCUGGAAAUUCUCAUCUACCCCCAACAAAAAAAAGAUAGCUUCCGGCCCGUCUACUGUAUCUCGCAACCACAACCGCAACCCGCAACCGCAACCCGCAACCGCAGCGCCCCCCCCUUCCCUUCCCUUCAUUCCUUGUUUUGGUUUUGGCUGA